GGCGGCGGCCGAGGAGGAGGAGGAGAGGGAGGGGUCCAUGGCGGAUGGGGAUGAGGAGCGGCUCGAUUUCCUGCGGGACCGCCAUGUCCGUUUCUUCCAGCGGUGUCUCCACGUCCUGCCCGAGCGCUACUCAUCGCUGGAGACCAGCAGGCUGACAAUUGCAUUUUUUGCACUCUCCGGACUGGAUAUGUUGGAUUCCUUAGACGUGGUGAACAGAGAUGGUAUUAUAGAGUGGAUUUAUUCCCUGCAGGUUCUUCCCACAGAAGACAAAUCAAAUUUAAAUCGUUGUGGAUUCCGAGGCUCCUCUUACCUGGGAAUUCCUUUCAGUCCAUCGAAGCCUCCUGGUACAGCUCACCCUUAUGAUAGUGGGCACAUAGCAAUGACUUAUACUGGUCUGUCAUGCCUAGUUAUUCUUGGAGAUGACUUGAGCCGAGUAAAUAAAGAAGCUUGCCUGGCUGGCGUGAGGGCACUUCAGCAGGAAGAUGGAAGUUUUUGUGCUGUACCUGAAGGUAGCGAGAACGACAUGAGAUUUGUGUACUGUGCUUCCUGCAUUUGCUACAUGCUCAAUAACUGGUCAGGCAUGGAUAUGAAGAAAACCCUAGACUACAUAAGAAGAAGUAUGUCCUAUGACAACGGGCUGGCACAGGGAGCUGGACUAGAGUCUCAUGGUGGAUCCACUUUUUGCGGGAUUGCCUCACUCUGUCUGAUGGGCAAGCUUGAGGAAGUUUUUACCGAAAAAGAACUGAACAGAAUAAAGAGGUGGUGUAUAAUGAGGCAGCAGAAUGGCUAUCAUGGAAGACCCAACAAGCCUGUUGACACCUGCUACUCCUUUUGGGUGGGAGCAACUCUAAAGCUUCUAAAAAUAUUCCAAUAUACAAACUUCGAAAAAAACAGAAAUUACAUCUUAUCGACUCAAGAUCGCCUUGUUGGCGGAUUUGCCAAAUGGCCAGAUAGUCACCCAGAUGCUUUGCAUGCAUACUUUGGGAUCUGUGGCUUAUCCCUAAUGGAAGAAAAUGGCAUUUGCAAAGUUCAUCCCGCCCUGAAUUUAAGCACAAGAACAUCUGAACGCCUUCAGGAACUCCAUCGGAUCUGGAAAUCCAAGGACUCUAAGCAGUGUCCAGAGGAUUUGCACAUCUCAUCAUGACUGAUUUAAGCAAAAACAAUUGGUAGCAUACCUGUAGCUCAAGGUUAAAAGCCAUGUAUAGCCAAGUGUGCUCUUUCUUUAAAUGGUGGAAUCAUACAAUCAAAUCACAUACUGGUGUCACUUUGGGGUAUUGGUUUUUAGCCAGUUCCUUUGCACUGGUUUACAAGUAAGUCUUUCAGUUUUUUUGCCAUUUGCCUCCGUGGACUCUAUUGAUCCUACGGUUGGCUUAUUUUUCCAAGAAAUACCCAGAAGCAAAUUAGUGCUGGGGGAUGUGUGUUUUAACUUUUUUAGUGCAAAUCAUAUUGAAGUAUAUUAAUGGAAAAGCAUCUUGGAAACAAGUUUACAUUUUCUAGAGCAUCAGUCCCCCUUUACAGUGUGACUCUAUCAACUGUUCUACCUGUUGUUUAGAAUCCUUAACAGUUGUGUUUCUGGGGAUUAUUUCUUGAGACCAGAUGGGAAAAUUCCAGAGUGUUUAUAAAGUAAAAUAAAAAAACCUACAAACGA